AUGAACCACACCCGCGGUCUCAUGUCCACCGCGCAGGCCCUGCGGCAGACCUUCCUUACACCUCUCCGAGCCCCGCGAGCGGCUCUUGCACAGUCUAGUCCUCUUCACCAUGUUCAUCCCAUUCAAAGUGGGUUUCAAACAAGAUAUCUACAGCAUUCCCGUUGCCUUGCCUUUGGCGACUACCACAAGAUGCCAACCAACGAAGCUAUUGGAGCUCCGUACGUGCAGCUGGUCAACAAGGACAACAGCCUCGAUCCCCCCGUGAGACUUUCCCAGGUCCUAGCUUCUUUCGACCCCCGCGAGUUUUUCCUCCAACAAGUGCACGCGGGAGCUCCCGAUAAGCCUCCGGUUUGCAAGAUCCUGAACAAAAAGGAGACGAAGGCCAAAGAAAAGGCUAAAGCGAAAGCUGCAAAGGCGUCCAGGGUCCAAACCAAGAAGCUGGAGCUGAACUGGGCUAUUGAUGCGCAUGACUUGAAACACCGCCUGGGCCAGCUGACUACCUUCCUGGAAAAGGGUUGCAAGGUGGAAUUGGUCUUGACCAAGAAGAAGGGCAAGCGAGCAGCGACGGUGGACGAGAUCAAGCAUGUCAUGCAGAGUGUGAUGGAUACCACGAAGGAAAUUGGAGGCACCCAGGUCAAGGCUAUGGAGGGAGAACCCGGAAAGCACGUUAUCAUUACGGUCAAGAAGGAGAAUUGA